GGGAGGACGCGCGUGUUCCCUCAGGAAGUUUAUUACGAAAAUAGUAUUUGUCAUUUUUUGUCAAGUGCAUCGCGGUGUCAUUUUCGAGUGUGUGACAGCUAUUUGUGGAGUGUUGUAUUUAUUCUAUUUGGAUUUUUGUUGUGUGUUCGAUUGAAAAGGAUUUUCUUUGAUGGCCAAAGCGUGCUGAUUCAACGGUGUCGGUUGAGGUGUUAAGUGAUGGAGUCGAGUGACGUGUAGCUAUGUGGGCAAGAUGAAGCUGUGGAAGAGCCUGAAGAUAUCGAUAGGCAAACCUGAUGCCAAGGGGUACCCCCAGGGGCUCCCGCAGUGGGGGCAGGGCUACGAACUAGAUGUGUUCAAGUCCCAGACAUCGCUGUCGACAGACUCCGGUCUGUGUACGGAGAGGGGAUUGAGGAGGACCCACAUCGAGCUCAUCAAGCCGCCGGGGAAACGCAUCGGCCUUAAACUGGCAGGUCGUUCCGAGCCAGGAGUAGUACCUUCAAUAGUGGGCUUUACGAAAGACUCAGUCGCCCACGAGUCAGACAGGUUGGCGCCAGGAGACAGGAUCUGCAGCGUCAACGGAAUAUCGACAGCGAGGUUGACUAAUGAGGAAGUGCUACGGUUGCUUGAUAAUGUGGAAGAGAGAGCGUCUUUGGAAGUGGAGUAUUAUAUGCCUAAUUAUGCAUCCCAAAACUCAUUAUACAUCACAACGAAGUUAGCAGAAGUUCCCGUAGAGAAAGUGAACGGUUCACUGGGAGUCACCAUACGUGGAGGUCUUCCGGACAACUCGGCUCCCAGUGCAGACUUGGUGCUAAACAGCAGGUCCUUAGAUGCCUUACCUCUGGUGGUAACACAUGUGAGACCUGGUGGUGCUGCAUACAACACUUCUAGGAUAAAACCUGGUGAUAGGUUACUGAAGGUUGACCAUAUAUCACUAACGAACAAAACCUUAUCGGAAGUUCAUCAGAUCCUGCAGAACUGCCCACAAGUGACGAGCCUGACCAUAGAAUACGAUGUAUCUAUCAUGGAGUCAGUGAAAUUGGCAACUGGACCCUUACUAAUUGAGAUCGAAAGGCCGUGCAAUGAGGACUUAGGGCUGUUCCUGAGCAAUCAGAGGUACUCUGAUGACGUGUACAGUUCAGGGUCGGACACGUACCAGAGGGUGGGGACGUGCAACGCGAUUUAUAUUGAUAGUAUUUUACCUGCUAGCAUUAGUGACAGAUGUGGUGCACUCCACCCUGGCGACCAAUUGCUAGCAUUUGAUGACCAUGUAAUAGAUGGAAACAAUUACACGGCUGAAGAGGUUAUGUGCUACUUAGAGAACUGCGAAGCUGGGUUCACGAGGCUGCACGUUGCUCCGAGGCAUGUCCUUGCUCAUGGAGGAAGAUUUACUAGAGAAAAUUCCAUGUCCGGCGCAUCAACGUUAAAUCCAAAGAAACAGCGGCAAAGGAACUACAGGCAGAGCUCUAUGCCUAAACUAGGCUUACAAGAUGACUACGAUGGGCAGCAGAACUACAUGAACAUGGGAGUGUGUCGGACGGAAUCGCUGAACAUCCAGCUGGAAGUCCCUCCUGGGCAGACCAGCGGACUGGCCGUGCACGAUGAAAACGCUGCCUUGAUCAUUUCCCAUGUUGCCCCACAGUCAACUGCGUAUCGGUCUGGCUGCUUACAAAUCAGAGACAGGGUGAUGUCAAUAAACGGCCACGAUAACCUCACAGUGGAUGUAGCAAAUGAAAUACUGCAAAGGAGGAACGACUCUCACAAUCCAAAGUAUUUGACUCUUAACGUCGAGUUCAGUAUGCCGAAUACGAUAGAAGCCUCCAGUGGGGUGUUUAAUGUUAAACUAGCGAAAACUUCUGCUGGACUUGGUGUUACUAUUACAGGUUGUAAGCAAAAACUUCUAAGCAAUGAAGAGCCAAUGGUCAUAUCGGACAUCAAGCCGGGGUCUGUAGCCCAUCGGAGCGGUGCCCUCGCCCCCGGAGACCAGUUGCUGGCUAUCAAUGGACAGCCACUACAUAACUUAUCACUGGAUACCGCCUUCAAUAUCCUUCAGAACUCUCCCGAGGAUAUUAUAACUUUGAAGAUCCGAAAACGUGACCUAACUGAGGACUGGUCGAAUAUCCACAAACACAACGCAAAAAUGACCUUACAAAGCUUCAGUAAUAUCGAAACUAAGGCCGUAGUCCACAGUGGGGAAGACUCAGGCCAUCAUACAGACAGUCCUAAUAAUAGUGCGAAGGAAAGUGAGAGGAGUCAUGGUAGUGAUAAUGGAAAUACUGCAGUUUUUAUGGUGGAAAUAAUUAGGCAAGAAAAUGGACCCCUUGGAUUGACGAUCGCUGGUAGUGAAGAUAUUGCACAGCCUAUUUUGUUGAGCGGUCUUAUUGAAGGUGGUCUCGCGGAGAAAUGUGGCAAGCUGGCGAUAGGCGACGAGCUGCUAAGUAUAAACGGCGAAAGUGUGCUAAACAAGCCAUUGUCUGAAGCUAUCAAGCUGUUGCAGCAAAGUGGGAUGCGAGUCCAGUUGCAAAUGUGCAGGAAAGUCACAGGUUCGUCGGAUUGUGCAGAGUCCAGUGUAAGAGAUUCCAGUCACUCUACAUCCAGUCCAGGGUUAUCCAACGACAGUGCGGUGGAGUCCUGGGACCAGAACACUCCAGUGCGGACCAGUGCAAACUGUGGUAAUUCCGAGGUAAUAGAAUAUGCGGUGCCGGACAAAACUAGAAUAAUUGAUAAACAGCCCUACUCUCCGACGGAUGAAGACAAACUUAUGGCAUCCAGCUUCAAUUCCGCGUACAACGUCCACGAUUUGCCUCUGCCCAACUACUCACUAAACAAUUCCCUCAAGACUUUCCAUUACGAGAACACUAAUAUCAUUCCCGAAAACACGUUAAAGAAUAAACAGAAUAUAACAAGAGAGGAUGACGUUCAACAAAUUGAAAUCCUGACGUCGAACAUGAAGGACUGUCAGUUACAUAACAUGGAAAAGAACUCUUGCAAAUGCGACUACGUGCAGAUGGGACCGUACGGUAUUGUGUCUCCUAAAAUUCGCAGGCCGAAUUGGGACAACGAUUAUUUGAAUAACGGUAUUUAUACCGUCACUACGCCCCAGAAGUCACCUCACAAACCUAAUAUCCCUGGCACGAGUUUUCAAUUUUCCACGAGUCCUAUUUAUGAAAAUGACGCGCCGAGUCUUUACAGCAGCGAUACCCUUUCCCCCGCGCGUGGCUCCAUCCAUCACGUGAUUUUGUACAAAGACGCCAUUUACGACGACUAUGGAUUCUCAGUCUCAGACGGAUUAUACGAAAGGGGGGUGUAUAUAAAUCGGAUAAGAAAGGGCGGCCCCGCCGACAUUGUUGGUUUGCUGAGGCCGUAUGAUAGGAUUUUGCAGGUAAAUGGUACAAGGACAGUAGACUACGACUGCUGUUUGACGGUACCACUCAUAGCUGCCGCUGGAGACAGGCUUGAAAUUGUGGUGCAGCGGAUGGCGACGUCUCGAGACCUCAAAAACCACCGCCUAGAAGACAGUUCAAGCCCAAGUGACAGUAGUAUCGUGACAAAAACUAUUUAGUGCAUAACCCGACUUUAGUGAAAGUACAUCACAAACAAUUGAAAAGUUCCGUUCUACACUACCUACUUAAUUUCACUGGAUUACCUAAUGUGUACUUACAAGUUAUAAUAUAAAUAAACUUAAUAGAUAAGAUAAGGUGAUGUAAUAUAUUAGACUUAAUAAUUAAUAAUAUGUAGCUAAUAUUGUUUUAAUAUUUUGUAGGUAUUUUAUAAUGCUCAAGUCGCCCGGAUUUCUUUUUAUAGUACCUACCUACCUACCUAAUAUUUUUUCUUAUAUUUAAAAAAAAAACAUAUAAAGUCCCCAAUUGUCA